AUGGCCAAUUACCACAAGUCACCAACCUUUACGCGCUCGAUUUUCCUCAUAGUAUUCAUCCUAAUCACCUUCAUCUCCCUCUCAUAUAUCCUCUUCGGCCAUUCCACUCGAAACCUCUCACGUCUCUUCUCCUACGCUCCCAAACCAACCGACACACCCUCCCUCGGGACCUCCUUCCAGACUUUCUUCCACGACGCCCUCAACCCCUCAGAUCCCGACUAUCAAUCACUCCUCUCCCAAGCACGACAGGUAAUCGCCAUAGAUGGAAGCAAUGGCUUCCUCCGCAUGCGUGAGGAGGGAGAGGAGGAAGCAGUAAGCUAUGGGGUGUCGAUGUUCCAUCAGCUGCAUUGUGUGGAGAUGCUGAGAGCUGUGCUGAGAGGGAAGGGCUACCAGCAUGGGGUUAAGGGUAGGAGGGGAUUGCAAGCCCCGCCCCAUCAGCUUGAGGAGGGUGAGAUGUCGGCGGAGGAGCAUUUGGAGCAUUGUUUGGAUUAUAUUACCCAGGGCAUUAUGUGUUCAGCUGAUGACACGAUUGAGCCGUCUUUUACUGGAAAGUUGAGGACGGGGGAGGAGGUGACGGUGAUUGACGGUGUGGGUGUGGGGCACUAUUGUAGGAAGGUGGAGGGGUUUCAUGCUAUUUUGUUGAGGAGUCAAGAGGAGCCGCUGGUGGCUAGACGGCCGGUGAGGAGGGGGGAUACUUUGAGGAGUUUGGCGGAUAUUGAAUGA